AUGUCAGGAGUUGCUGGUGGAGCAAGCAAGAAGAGCAGUAGUAGAUCAGUUGCUACGAAAACUCUUAUCAUUCAAGAAUAUAAACGACGACUGCGUGACAAUAUCCGCUCUCUCAAUGACAACUUUAUUAACAUCUUGAACGCCACAAAGAUCAACACAGACGACGCUGCACAUAAGAACAGUUCUGGAAAAAUGACUGAAUAUUACACAAUUAAAAACGAAAUGGCCGCUCGUGCUGCUCUUAUCGUAAGAGCUUGUGACGAACUUUUGAAGUUGACCAACGAUCUUAAAGAGUUUCUCAUAUUACACGACUUCAAUUUCUUAACGCAUGCUAUAAAGUCCGCGGAGGAAGAAUGUGAUAAAAAGAUGAAGGCACAGAUACAGAAACAUAAUGCUUUACGACUAGAUGUGUCAAAUCUGCUCACGGAUAUGGAUAAGGAAAUAAUGGAGCAUUUUACUUUCCGACAUUGA